UGGAAAAUCCCACACUGGCUCGUGUCUCUCACUCUCUCGUUCUCGCUCCCAAUCUCACUCUCUCUGCAAUCUCGCUCUUUCGUUCUCGCUCCCGAUCUCAACCUCUCUGCGAUCUCGUUCUCUCGUUCUCGCUCUCCCGAUCUCACUCUCUCUGCAAAUCCCGAUCUCACUCUCUCUGCAAUCUUGCUCUCUCGUUCUCGCUCUCCCGAUUCAUGGAGUGGCUCUUUCUUCCCUCUUGAUUCAGGCUACUACUAUAAGUGGAUACACAAGCAACUCUGCUUCUUCCAAGAAGUGCAUAAAGAAGAAGGGUUACAGCCAGACUAGGGAAUUGGACAGCGAGGAGCUAUUGGAACAGUUGCUAUAUCGACUUGUUGGUUGCCGGGAGAGAUGAGGGGAAAAAGGAAAAUGGCGGAAGCUAGUAAUGAGGAUAAGAAAGAUGAUAGCAGCGCUUACUUUACUUGGAACUUGGAGAUGGACCGUGCACUUGCUGAUAUACGUAGAGAUCAAAGAAGCAUGGGAAACAAGAGUGAUGGUGCAUGGAAAGCAGUGGCAUAUAACACUGCGGCUCAAAUGUUGUCUUCACGCUUCAAUUUGCAGUUUAUUGGAGAGAAUGUUAAAAAUCGUAUCAAGCUGUGGAGAUCAUGGUAUGGCAUUGUUAGUGACAUCCUUAGUCAAAGUGGUUUUGAUUGGGAUGGAACCAAAUAUAUGAUUUCUGUUACAAAUGAAGAUGCAUGGAAUGGGUAUGUUAAGUCACAUAAUGACGCUAAGAGGUUUCGAUUUAAGGUGAUUGCUAAUUGGGAUGACAUUGUAGAAUUGUGUGCUAAAGAUAGAGCAACAGGAAUUGGAGCGGAGACAUCCUUGGAUGCAGAUGACAUCAUGAGCAAAGAAGCAAAUGAGGAUGGAGCUUAUAUUGUGGAUAUUGAUGCUGAUGAACAAAGCUCUACAACAAAGAAAAGCAAACAACCAAUGGAAUUCAAAAAGGGAAAAAGUGGAGAGAAGAAUGGGAUAAUUACUUCAAUGAAUAAAGUGGCUGAGUCAUUGAGUGAAUUUGUGCAAGCAACUAGAAAAGGGGUGAAAAAUGUCCAAGAAGUGGUUCAUGAUGUGAUGGAUGAGCUAAAGAACAUUCCGGACCUUAAUGGCACUCAAUGGCUAAAAGCAGUGGAUUGGCUUUCAGAAAAUCCAAAUAAGUUGGAGAUUUUGAAAGCUCUUCCCAUGGAGAGAAAGAAAGAUUACAUCUUAGCUUUUAUGCACUGAUUCGUGAUUUGCUAUAGUUUAUGGACUCAUUUGUAGUGUUUCCAACUUUUCAUUAUGCCACUGUUGAGACUUUGUUUUAUUUAUUUUUCAUUUGGAUUGAUGUUAGCACUUGUUAUAAACACAGUUUGAAAUUUAAAUAAUAGAAAAUGUGAUAUCUCGAUGAA